GGGGACGGAAAAGGGCUGCUUUUUAAGAGGGAGCCGAAGAAGAGCCCUCUCGAAGCAACAACUCCCUUCCUCAUCUCUUGGCUUCUCACUCUCGUCGGCGAUCCUUGUAGGAAGUUCCGUCGCGAAUUUGAGAGAGCAGAGGAGAGAGGCAAAUCCAGAACCCUCAUCGAAGCCCUAGUCCUCGAUAGGGUAGAUAGAGAGAGAUAAAUAGGAUGGACGCCAUCAGGAAGCAACUCGACGUGCUCAUGGGCGCUAACCGCAACGGGGACGUGACGGAGGUGAGCCGCAAGUACUACGACCGCGACGUCUGCCGCCUCUUCUUGGCCGGCCUCUGCCCCCAUGACCUCUUCCAGCUCACGAAAAUGGAUAUGGGUCCCUGCCCAAAGAUUCACUCUUUGCAGCUCAGGAAGGAGUAUCCUUUUUUCUUAUUAAAUAUCUAUAUUUUCUUUUACUUUAGAUUCGUCAGCACUGAUUCAUGUAGAACGAGGAAUUCUACCAAACAAAGAACCAGAGUGUCCAUAACUGUUAAUUUCAGAUUGGCUAUAUGAUCUCAAAAAACCAUUUAGUAACACAUUUUUUGUUGAACAAAAGUUUGUGAACUUCCAUACAAGAUAAAAUACCUGCUUUAA